AUACAUUCAAAAAUUCAACGCAGUACUGACAUAGCUACAGUAUACAUUAAGACUGACGACCGAAAAGAAAACAAGUAAUGUAUGUCAGAUGUUGCAUUAGUUAGGUUGCAGAUGCAGUUUAGCUUUGUGUUAACGUUAAUUUACCUGAACGCAAUUUAACGUUGCAUUUAUGAGAACAUUACCUUUGUGCUGGCUUGUAUUUUUGUGGCCGUGACUGUGUGGCACGUGGCUGGCUAACUAAAAAAUUUAGCUAACUAAAGUUGACCACUGCUAGCGACAGCUUUCAAAUAUGCUGCGCAUUAACUGGCCCAAAACAUGGUCAAAAUUAUUAGAAAAAGAUACUUGUUUGGGUUAAAGUGAUAAGUCAACGUUGACUUUGGUUUCAAAUGGUACACUAACAGCACUCUCUAGCAAAAGCAUCCACGAUUCUCAAAAAAAGUCAGCAAAUUUAGUGUAAUUAAUAUAGCACUCUACAGCUAAAAUAACAUAAGGAAAAUACUCGUAGUGUGGUGCUAGAUAGUCACAUUGUAAAGGUUUAAGAAACAAACACACUUUAUUUCAAUUUCUAAAGGCUUAACACUGAGUGACUGUUUCAGAAAUGCCUAAAUUACAUAUUUUUUGUGACUGAAUCUGAGACUCAAGUAAAUAAAGAAAAUUAAUGUUGCUGUAUUACAAUUUUUGUAAUGUAAUUUUGCACAAACAUUAUGCAAACUAAUUUUUUUCAUUUCUUUUUCAGUUUUUUGAUUCAAUACCAGGAAUUGGAACAAUAGCUAUCUGGAACUUCUGGAACUGAGAUCAGUCAGAAGCCUUCAAGCUCAAACAUUAAUGAUGGAUGAUGUAGACAGUGGUCUUUCUGACUUCAUUUACUCUGUGCUGCCAAAUUCAAGUUCAAAUGACCUGCUGUUAGAGGCUCUUCAGACCCUGGGUGUGGAAACCGUUGAAGAUUUAAAAUAUGUCCAGGAGGCAGAUCUUGUUAAUACCCUCAGGCCAAUUGAAGCUCGAAAAUUGAUUGCGACAUUUAAAGCUUUCUCUGAAAAGGAUGCCAAAGAGAUUCCUCAUCUGCCUACCAGAGCUGAGCCAGAAAGAUUGUUAAGCACACACACAGGAACAAUGCCAUGCAGAGACCAUCCAUCUACAAGUGAAUACAGUACAGAUCAUUCCAACUCUCCACAGUCUUCCUCAAGCUCAAGUGAACUCUCAACUCCUCAUAGAAACACUCCAGUGGAUAACAACUGGCACUUCAAUUUUGAGAUGCCCUGGAGUAAAAUGCCGUCAGAACUUACCAGAAAGCUUGAAAAUAAAGAGCGCCCAACAGGACGUGAAAGACGUGAAAUGAUUCGCCUGAUGUUAGGAGAGAUUCUAACCAUCUGCCCUGCACCAGGGAAGAAACAUCUCUGUGAAAUUGCCAGGAAGAUUGUUUUAAGAUAUCCUCUGUCAUUUAGAGAUGUUAUUGAAGAUCAAGUUGUUGGUAGUGGCUAUGACUCCCUUACCAAGCAGCUGCAGGCUAGACUUGACAACAUGAAAAGAGGGAAAACCUCACUUUACCUGAGAAGACAGACGUCCAGCACAAGUGACGGAGAAGACCCACCUUCCAAGAAAAGAAGAGUGGACACAUAUGGGUGCACAAAUUGGCAACCAAAACGGCUGCCAUUGGGUGAAACUGAGGAGACUCAGAAAUGUGCACAAGAAGAAUUAAAGAACAUGCACAAAAACAAAAGCAAGAACACCAAAAGUAUUAAAGAAAAAAUGCUGGCUACUUUCUACACUCAGAGAAGCGACAUAAGUAGAAUGGAAAUCCCUGUUUUGGUAAAAGAGUGGCCAUAUCUGUUUGAGAUGUGCGGGAUAAUGGUCCACUUCAAAGAGCUAACAGAUAUGGAUGUUGACAAAGGAGCCAUCUCAAGUAAAUGUGAAAGAGUAAUUUCAUAUCUCAUGUCCCAUGACAAGAAGAACAGCAAAAUGGAGGGCAUCGGAGAAGGCAUUGAAAGUGCCAAAGCGAAGCAUCUAGAUCCUUAUCUUCCUGGAUGUGUGAUGCUGCUUCUGAAACAUUUCAGUGAAGAUCAGGCCAAGAUGUUCGUGAUGGUUGAUGAGACGUGUCUGCCAUCUGAAGUUGAUCAACUGCCCAGCACGCCUUGCGUCGUUGUGUGUGGGAGUUCUCCCCUCACAGCUGAAAACUUGAUGAUUGCUGUGGACCAGACCAUCGUGAAAGAUGGGGUUACAAAUUGUGGUGAUGCCCUUCUGAUGAUGUUCGUAUCCUACUACUGCCUCAACAUCAGUUAUCCACUGGAACUUGGAGCAACUCUGGAGUUCAUGCAGAGAUGCCUUUUCAGGAUAAAUCCAGAUAGGGGGACCAAAGUGGAGAAGCAGCAAUCUAAAAAACAGCAGUCCGUAAAUCCUAAGGUUCUUUCUUUGAUAACAAAAAUUGCAGACUUUGAAUGGCGAGAGUAGACAUCUCACAUGCCAGCUUCUUUCUGUUUCAUACAUUUCCAUUUAGUUCAUAUACUGUUCUGUAAUGUGUAAAGCGUUCAUUCUGCUUGUAUUUUGUGGCUCACUGUUAUCUUGAGUGAGUGCAGCGUUUUAACGUGUGUUUACACGUUUUAAAUUGUGUACAUUUCAAAGUAAAGAGUUAAAAAAAGCUCCCAGUAAAGACCGGUAAUUUUAACCAGUGGGGAGAACCAGUUUCAUAAAGUGUGUGUGUGUGUGUGUGUGUGUG